UAAGCUAUAAUCCUUAGCUUAAUCGAUUAUUAUAUUAAUAUCACCUAAAUAAGCUAAGGAUGAGUCCGUAGUUAAGGACUAAGAUGCGUUGGUCCUUGCUGACGUGGAAGAGUGGAGAGAGUAGGGGUUUCGCGACUUUGGGGAAAAUCAAUUCAUUUUCCGUCACCAGAAAGAGACAACGCCUCGCGAAGAUCCUCUCUGCUUUCCUCUCUGUCGCUAAUCUCCAAAUCAGCCGAGACCAUGACCACCAUCUCACGCGACCUAAACUCCUUCCUCAUCGCAAAGAUCGCAACUUCCGACGAGUUCUCAGAUUCUCUCUCGAGGGUCUCUCAGGCUUUGAAAAUCGGUGUCUCUCGUGGGUUAAAGUCUGAGUCUUGCGUUGAUUCUGAGAAUAAGGAGACGAGUUUUGUAGAUAAGGUUUUCUCGAAAGCUGGUUCUGGUUUCUUCUCUGUUGUUGUUGGUAGUUUUGCUAAGAAUCUUGUUCUCGGAGAGCUUUUGGCUGAUUGUAUUGAGAGGUUUAGUAGUACAGCGGUGGCUGUUUAUUUAGAUAAGACGAUGGAUAUUAAUGCUUUUGAUCAGAUCUUUGAAGGGAUGACGAAUCCUAAGCAUGGGGAUAGUGUUAAAGAGGUUCUUGUUUCGGUUUGUAACGGUGCGCUUGAAACUAUUGUAAGGACAUCUCAUGAAGUCUUUACUACAGCUUCGUCAAAGUCUAGUAUUGUGAUUGAAGAGGUUGAAGAAGAUGGUUUCAAGAGUAAUAAUGGUUGGACUGAUGCUAUCUCAACUACGUUAGCUGUUCCAAGUAGCCGGAGGUUUAUGUUUGAUGUAACGGGGAGAGUGACAUUCGAAACUACGAAGUCAAUUAUUGGAUUCUUGAUGUUGAAGACACUAGAAGGGUUUAGAAGGAGCUUUGAUGUGGUUCAGGGAGAGGUUACAGAGAGAGGGCGCCAAGUAGUUGAGUAUGUUGGAGCUAAAUCUUCUGCUAUUGUCACUGUAUGGCUCGCUUUGUACUUGCACAUCAUAAGCCGCUGUGUAAGGAACUCUCCUAUUGGUGUAAGCCAACACUUUUAG